UACAGAAUCGUGGACAACACAUAUAAAUUUUAUAAAAAGUGACACAAACGCGCGCAUCGAUUUGCUGUCAGUAUAGUAAAAGUAAUGUUCUACUAGUGCUUCUUGGAGUCGGUAUACGAAAACAUCCAACUCAGCUUGUUUUUUACUAUUUUGUCACUACUGCUGCUGCUGAAGCAGUGAUUGGUGAAUCAAAUGUUAAACAUGAAGCUCAGCUCUCCGGGCAACUGAAAAGCAGAUUGUAUAGAGCUCCGGAACCGAAAGUGUCCCCAAAGAGGUGGAAAACAUUUGGAUAGAUUCUUCAUUGUAAUAAUUGCUCAAAGAUGAGGAAUUUAGUGCCGGAUUUGAUCAUUUGCUUUAUAAUAAUAAUAACUAUAACUAUAGUUCAGUUAGCUUCGAGCAUUCUUCAUGACAGUCUAGGAGGAAAUCCAGUAAUUCCAUCUUUAUCAGAGGGAGCAGCAAAUCAGCAAAAAGAGCUUACACUAUCCCAGCUCAUAGAUCGAAAGUCGAAGGAAUAUUCUUGGCUUAUUAGAUUAUCGAUCAACACAUUCGGCUAUCUAUGUGUCCUUAUUCCGGGACUAGUGAUUUAUAAGUACACUCGGAAGACAAAAUAUCUCGAGCGAUCGGACAAGUCCCUGCUAUCCAAUGUAGUGCGAUUCUGUUUUGGAACAUCAGAUGCUGACCGAGGAAUUGAUGGAAGGAAUGCCGAAAAAGGAGCAGGAUCCAAAAGAACAUCGAUCCAGGAAUGCAUCCUCCUGUUUUAUUGCCUGUUCGGAUUGAUGGGAUCCUACCUCACCUGGGGAGUGCUGCAGGAAAAGAUAAUGACUCAGGAAUACGAAAACGCCGAUAAGAAAAAAGUGCAUUUCAAGGAUUCUCAAUUCUUAGUAUUCACCAAUCGAGUUUUAGGAUUCAUGAUAACGGCAGUUUACCUAACAGUCAAAAGACAGCUCCGGCAGCGUGCUCCUCUCUAUAAAUUUUCCUUUGCAUCGUUUUCAAACAUUAUGAGUGCAUGGUUCCAGUACGAGGCACUAAAGUUCGUUAACUUUCCCACACAGGUCUUGGCAAAGUCGUGCAAAAUCAUUCCUGUUAUGAUAAUGGGCAAGAUUGUAUCACGCAACAAGUACGAAUUUUAUGAAUAUAUAACAGCAAUCAUGAUAUCGGUUGGCAUGAUAUUCUUCCUAACUGGAUCAACGGAUGAAUCAAAAACUACAGCAAUGACUACCUUAACUGGAGUGUUACUUCUCACAUUCUAUAUGGUAUUCGAUAGCUUCACAUCCAAUUGGCAAGGUGAAUUGUUCAAAACGUACUCCAUGUCUUCUAUCCAGAUGAUGUGCGGCGUCAACCUCUUCAGCACCCUUUUCACAGCUGCAUCGCUCUACAUGCAGGGAGGCUUCUAUAGCUCACUACAGUUUGCUGCCGAACAUCCUAAGUUCGUUUUGGACUGCAUUGUACUUUCGAUUUCCUCAGCUGUGGGACAACUUUUCAUUUUCUACACGAUUGCCACCUUUGGCGCCGUUGCUUUUACCAUCAUCAUGACCCUGAGACAGGCCAUUGCCAUCCUGCUGUCUUGUUUGAUCUACAAGCACAGUAUUUCCUUCCUGGGUGUCGUGGGCGUGGUGAUCGUUUUCCUAGCCAUUUUCCUAAGAGUCUACUGUAACCAAAGGCUGAAAGCCAUCAAACGAAGACACGCUGCCGCAGAUGUCGCUGCUGGAAAGCCCCGGUUGAACGUUUAAAUGAUACCAAAUUAAUAAUGCGAAUAGUGAGUUGGUUUGUACUUGGCAUUUGUUUCUUCAGCUUAUUCUAUUUAAAUAGGUUUUAAAGCACAAACGAGUGAUCUUACAGUGAAUAAUAGGAACGUACUUGACGAAAGCGAAUAACAGUGAUUAGGUUUAGUUUUGGCACACAGAGAAUGGUUUGUACAAAAAUUGUAUGUGUUCAGUUUCUUGGAAAUUGGCGAUCUCAGUUCAAGAGUUGCGCCACGCGACUGAAUGUUGUUGCUUCAUCUGAAUUAUUAUUUAUACGUAAUUGAAUAUAUGAGAUAAAAUAAAUUUUUGAAAUGUGCUUCGGCAUGAGCAGA